CCAUAAGAUAUAUGAUAGGACCAUUGCUUUUUAGCUUUGCAUCGAUCAUUACUUACUCUAUAAAUAUCCAAGGUAUUAGAGAUAAAUUAGGCAUAGUCUCUAACACAAGUGAAGGAAUUAGCAUCAUUUACAUAUCAAGAAAGUUAGGACUGAAAGAAUGGCAGCAUCCCAGAAAGUAGCAAAAAUUAGUGAUUUAAAAAAUGAGAUUAAGUCAUCAAUUGGAGCACGUAACUCAAAUCAAGCAACCACAAACAUGAACAUUAGUAACACUGGAGUGGGAAAAAUGAUUGUUCACGACAAACAUGAUUGGUCUGGAUCCGUUCUACACACUUAUCCUAACAUUGAUACAAAUGAUAGCGCCAACUUUAUCCAUAGGAGUAUCCUCCCCGAGGAUCCACAAGGUUCUUAUGGGUGUGUCAUUUAUGCUGGCCCAAAUGUUCAAGGUGGCUCUGAUAAUUGUGCAUGGGUAUUGGCUUGGAAGGUUCUUGGUAACGGCUCUCUAAACAAAAUAUACGUAAAAACUGGACUUCUUAGCGAGUACCCGAAGGGUGCUGUUAAUUGGAAUGUAAUCAAAGACAGUUUGGAAAAUUCUGGAAGCGAAAGUGAAGAUUAUGAUGCUCUUUCUGGUGCUGAAGCAUCUGCCCGUAUUGAUCCAUCUGCUGAUAUUGCAGCUGCCACUGCUCUCUUUACGGUCGACCUUUAAUUUAAUAGACUUAAAAGAGAUUGAAAAUGUGUACCAAUUGUGAUACUAAAUAAUACUCCUAUUGCAUAUGCAACAAGGAAGUACACGUGUACUAUGACUAAUGUACUACGUAUAUACUUAAAUUAAACAACAUUGACUAUAAUUUAUGAUCGAUUUAUAUAAAAUAUACAUAUUUAUAUA